GUAUUGUAUAUAAAUUAGGGAGCUACUCCAUUCUCAUAUUCUCAAUCAAUAUUAUUAGAUAGAUAAUCGCAUGAUGUCUCAAACGAAGUUUGUGUCUAAUUGGAAGGGUAUUGGAUCAGUUCCAGAAACUUAUGUGUGUCCUCCAGAGAAGAGGGUUGGCGUCUCGGUGAAGAAGAAGAUUCCAGUGAUCGAUUUGGCAACAGAAGAUCGAGAUCUUCUCUCCAAAAAAGUUCUCGAUGUCUCUCAAGAGUUUGGGUUUUUCCAGGUAAUAAACCAUGGUGUCUCAAAAGCAUUAGUAGAAGAGACAAUGAGGGUGUCGAGGGAGUUUCAUGCCAUGUCAUCAGAAGACAAAGAGAUGGAAUGUUCAAAAGAUCCAAAUAAAAGUUGUCUAAUUUAUUCAAGCACUCCAAAUUAUGAAAAAGAAGAGCUUCAUCUCUGGAAAGAUUCUUUGAGGUUAAUAUGUUAUCCUAAUUUGAACAAAAAUGUUCAGUUUUGGCCUCAAAAUCCCCCUAAAUUCAGGGAGGUGAUGGAAGCAUAUUUAGUGGUUAUGAAAAAGUUUUCUUUAGAGAUAUUAGAGGUGUUAAGUGAAGGGCUGGGGCUUGAGAAAGAAUAUUUUAGUGGUGGAAUGAGUAAUAACCCAGAAUUCUUGGUACACCAUUACCCACCAUGCCCAAACCCUAGCUUGACUCUGGGGUUGAACAAACAUGCUGAUCCAACAGUCAUCACCAUCUUGUUUCAAGAUGUCAAUGGCCUUCAAUUCCUCAAAGACGGUGAAUGGAUUGAUGUUGAUCCUCUUCCUGAUGCCUUUCUCGUUAAUCUUGGCUAUGUUUUUGAGGUGAUUAGCAAUGGGAAGAUGAAAGCAGCAGAACAUCGAGUUGUGACAAAUACGACAACAUCUCGACAAAGCUUAGCAUAUGGAGUUUAUCCUGAAAAUAAUAUGACUAUAGAACCAUCAAAAUGUUUCAUAAAUGAAGCCAACCCUCCACAUUAUCGCACCCUCGAGUUCAAAGACUUCGUCAACAAACUUAGGUCUAAGCAUCCUGACAGGGAGAUGGCAAUGAAGUUUAUUAGCUUCAACCAACCUUACUGAGUUACCAAAGUAAAAUUGUUAACGUUUCUUUGGUGAAUUAUAUUACUAUAUUUUGUAAUGUAAUAGAUGAACUACUUUAUGUUACUAUGAGAAGUGGGGUCAUUAUAUGUUGUUGUAAUGUACUACAAAAAUAAAAACUUAUGACAUCACUACACUAUUCUUAUGUAAGAAAAAAAUUGUAAGAAACAUCAUAUACGCUGUCAUAUAAAUUAUGAAAAGAAAAGUUCUAUA